AAGGUGACACUCUCUCGGUGACUGGGCCCCUGCCCCUCUGUGUCCUUCAGGGUGUGCAGAGUUUGAGAACGACGCCAACGAUCGUUGUUAUGCAACUGCUACCGUUAACUAUUGCAAUCGAUGUGUAGAACAGUCCGGACCAUCCAAGGUGAAAGCCUCAUCUGGGCACCCCUUGCAUUGAAUCUAACCCACACAAGUUGCAUUGACGCUAACGGACGCUUGUCUCCAUGGCGUUCGGAGCACUGACGAUCGCGAUGAUUUGGCAGGACGUCGGAACAUGGCAAACGCUGAUGCAGAUUACUACCAUGGAUCCAGUUAUUCUUAUCAUACAUUUGCCAAGCAACGUGGUCCUGCACAUCCAGCGGCACGGUCCACAUUUUACACCUCGACGUCGUUGCCAUGCAGCCCUUGACGCUCGUUGUCGCGGCCGUCGCCCUUGUUGGCUUCGGUCUGCUUUCUCUCUUCAACGCUCUUCAACGACGACAGGCAUGGCACAAGAACAAGGCGAGCGAGCCUCCAGGGCCAGCUCUUGUGCCGUGGAUCGGACGCAUUCACGACCUGCCAGUCGAGUACAUGUGGACCAAGUUCAAGGAGUGGUCCGACGUGUACGGUCCCCUGUACCGAACACAGAUGCUUGGUGACUACUUCAUCAUCAUUGCCGACGAAAAGGUCGCCGAAGACUUGCUGGUCAAGCGUGGCAAGAUCUACUCCGAUCGCCCUCAGAUCCGGUCCCUUUUCGACCCCAAGAGCACGAAUGGCUCAAUGGAGUACCUUCCGCUUAUGGGCAAGAACGAGUACUGGGCACGCCAGCGGAAGUUCACUCAUGCCUACUUGAUGGAGGCUACGAAUGCUCGCUAUUACGGCACUGUCUACCACGAGGCUAAGCGCUGGAACAUGCGCCUCCUGACUGACCCGGACAACUUUGCUUUCUACCUCGAGGACUUCUCGUCGAAAGUUGCAUGCCAACUUACCUGGGAUGACCCGAACCUGAGCGAGUACUGCACCAAGAGCGCCUGGGGUCUCCUGACCCAGAUGUCUCCGGCUGGCCCCAUCACUAACGUCGUUACUCCUCUCUGGCACUUGCCCUUCCCAAUCAACCCGUGGAAGAUCGCGGAGCGCAAGCGACAUGACGAGCAGCAGGCCUGGUGGAUGGAGCGUCUACUUUCUGUGCGGGCACAGAUGGCCAAGGGUCAGGCUCGCCCUUCUUUCACCCGCACUUACCUUGAGGGCGAGAAGACCGGUGGUCUUUCCGGCGACUACGAGGCAUCGUCCGCCAUCGGCAUGAUGGCGCUUGUUGCUAUCUUCACCGUCGCUGGCCCCCUUUACUACUUCCUGCUGGCCAUGGUGGUGCACCCUGAGUGGCAGAAGAGGGUCCAGGAGGAGAUUGACGAGCAGUGCAAGGGCCGUAUGCCUGAGCUUACUGACAUGCCAAACCUUCCUGUGCUCCGCGCAUGCAUCAAGGAGACGAUGCGCUGGCGACCAAACGUGCCGACUGGUGUGGCGCACGAGCUCAUGGAGGAUGAUUUCUACAACGGCUACUUCAUUCCCAAGGGCACACGUAUCCUACCCCUCGACUACGCCUUCCUCCGCAACGAGAAGAAGUACCCAGACCCAGAGAACUUCCGCCCUGAACGAUGGCUCGAACAGAGCUGGCCCACCUACCAGGAACCUUUGAGCCAAUACCCGACUAUCAUGGGCAUGACCUCUUUCGGCUGGGGCCAGCGUGCUUGCCUUGGUCAAUCCCUGACCCGUGACGAGACAUUCGUUGCUUGCGGCGGUCUCCUGUGGGCCUACAACCUGGUUCGCAAGAAGGGACCGGACGGCAAGCUCAUCGAGCCCUCUAUUCACAAGUCAAACUCGCUUCUCAUCGUCAAGCCAGACCCAUAUGAGAUGGCCUUCGAGCCGCGUAGCGAAAGCCGGCGACAGGAGAUCAUCAGCCAGUGGGAGGAGUCCAACGCGAAUGACAUCGCCGAACGCAAGGCAUUCGCAGAGGCUGCUGAGAAGGCGUACGUCGCCCCAGCCCUUGAGGUCGCGGCAUAAUGUAAUAAUCUGGGCGAAAGCGCUGUUCCAUUAGGAUAGACCUGGUCAGUCUGCGCGCUUGGGACUUGGGACCUGAUUUACGUGCUUUAUGCGUUGAGCGAGGAGUGUCUUCUGCACAUUUGUAUAUUGCAAGAUUAGGUCUUAGCAGAUAUAAUGAACACUUUCGAGAUGCACAACACCUUCAAGCGCCCUU